AAAAUUUUGAAGUAACUAUUAGUUUGUCAUAUAAUGGCACGAAAAAAACGAACUUGUGCCCCUAAGAAGAUACAAAAGCGGAAUAAGAUUAAACACAAGCUACUUACAAAACCUACCAAAUAUACAUUUAAUCCAAACAACGUAACAAGAUUCAGAUGCCCAAUAACUUGUGAAAAAUUUUUCCAGAAAUUUUUAACUUACGAUGAAAUUACGGAAUACCUAAAAAGUUUGCAGAAAAGAUUUCGUAAAAAGUUUCAUCUGGAAGAGAUUGGUAAGUCCACUGAAAAAAGAUCUAUAUAUAUGGUUAUUAUAACAAACAAUUUAAAGGAUCGAGAAAAAAUGGCUGUGUUGGUAGAAGCUGGAUCUGAUGGUUCCAACAUAUUGGCAGUUGCUUCCGCACUGUAUCUUAUUAACUUUUUAACCAAAAAUCAAGGCUUGGUGAAGAUUAUGGACUAUUAUAUUCUUCCAUGUUCUAAUCCAGAUGCUUACGAUAUGAUUAUUAAGAAUAUUUCUCCCAAUGGGACAGUUCCUGUAAACUUAGCUAACAAUUUUCCAAUAAUUCUUGGUGCCAAGACUUUGCAAGACGUUACCACACAAGACUUUGUAGACGCCCUUGAAGAGUGGAAGAUAAACUUAAGAUUUUCUUCGCCUGUUACUAAAGCCAUUAUUAAAUCAGUUGCUUACACACAAAAACAUGUGAAACUGUUUAUUUCGUUACAAGAAGGAGGAUCAUCACUAGUUUUUCCCUUUGGUUCCUCUUCUGAAGUGCUUAACGAUGAAGAAGAACUUGCAACAAUGGCGAAAUCAGUACAACGAGUUUUAAAAAACAUUAAUAUUGACAUUGGCUCACUUUACAAAAUUUGUGGAUUAACUUUUGGAUCAGUUAUAGACUUUUUAAAGUUUCACUGUGGGGAUAUAAAGUUUACGUAUAUAUUUCAUAUUAAAGAUAACGAACAAGAAACCAGUAUACGGGAUGUUUUAGUUUAUGGCGAGGAUAUUUUUAAUUGUGUUAAAUCUCUCGCAAGAAAUGUUUAUAUGUAUUAUAAUAAACUAAAUCCUAAUAAAAAUAAGUGCAAAUGAG